ACAUAGCAAAAAUUUGGAAAAUUUUUACUCGACAACCUUCUUUAAACUAUUUUUCGUUUAUUUCUAUCUUUUCUUCUUUUUCUGGACGUUCACGUUGAAAAAGUUUAUAACAUUGUUAUAAAUUUUUAAGAAAACUAAAUGAAGAAACAUUUGCGUCGUGACCCUGUCGCAACAUUUGUAAUUCAUAAUUAUGUAAAUACAAAAGAGUAUUUAAUCCUGCGAGGAUCAUGAAGGAUAUUAAUUAUUUAUAGAAAGUGACACCUUUGAAUAUGAUAAACGAUAUUAGAUGCAUUUUGUUCGUUAGACGUUCUAAUAUCGAAUUAAUCAAAAGUUUGAUUUCGCUACGUCACUUCGAAGGAAUGUUAAUGAAAGGAAUAAAGUAAUGAGGAUAUCAAGAUCAUUUAUAAAAUGAUUUAGAUACGAGGUGAUAAUUCAUGUAAAAGACUAGUCACUCUUUCUUAAUUUAAAUGCGUAGAAAGAUUUUAAAGGGGAAAACCGAGGUGGUAACUGCAACGACUCAUACAUUGCUUUUACGUCGUGAAAAUAUUUCGUCUAUAUAUUUGAUAUAUAUACGACGAAUAUUCACGACCUGCGGUGUUAAUCGAUUCGUGAAAAAUGUGCAAACAUUCGAACGAUGACGUGGUCCUACCUCGAGAAGAUGCAUCUUCGUUGUUCAUCCGAUCUACGUAUUAUACCUAAUAAUUUGAGGCAUGAAGAAACAAUAGUUCAGAUAACUGAAGCAUUAGAUAAUUUAGAUGCUGCUGUGAUAUAUAUAUUUAAUUGCAUAGAUAAAAGGCUUACUGAAAAUUCUCAAAGACUUUCGGAUAUAAAACAUAGAGCUCUGAAGUUGGAAAAUCAGUUACAAUACUUACAAUCUAAUUUAAACUUAAAAGCUAUCAAAAUAUAUUCUGCUGCAAAAUAUCCUGCCAAUCAUACAUAUAAUGAAUAUAAAGUGGCUAUACCAUUGCAACGUGACAAUAUUAGUAGUAUUCCAAGUAUUUACAAAUGUUCUGUACCUAUUAGAGACACACAUGAAACGCAUUUACCUACUAAUUUCAAAACCGAAGAUUGCCAGUAUGCAAUGAAUGCUAAUCUACAAGAAAAGUUACAGUUUUACUAUGUUAGGUAUAAAACAAAUGAACAAGCGGAAAAUGAUAUUAAUACACGUCAAUAUGUACCAUCUUUACCUUCGUCUGUCAGUGCUCUUCUGCUAUUUGAUAAUGUAAAUACCACAUAUAGAAAAGCUUUAUCAUCUAACAAAUCUAAUGAUAAAAAACAAAUUGAAGAUGCACCUGAUUCAAUUGUACAACCAUGGCAUUCAUCAGAAAUAGAUUUGCCAUCUGGUUAUCUUUAUACACCUAUACUUGGAGAGGUUCCACAAAUGAAUGUACCACUUAUGCUACCAGAUUUACCAGGAAUUGUAGAUAAUGAAAAGUUUGACUUAGAUUUGAAUCCACAAAGCCCUAUUGCUCCCUCUUCGGCUGUUGUUACUCCUACAGUUCGAUUAGAUUUACCACCUUUGACUGAAGAAGGUGGAUCGCAAACUACAGAUGAAUCUAAUGUUUCAAAUCUAUCCAAUUUAUCUGUAAACAAUUCAUCAGUCUGCAUUGAAUCUACGCCAUCAACAGUAAAUUCAAUUAUUUCUUCAGUAGGAAAUAAUAUUGGAUCGAAUGAAACAAACUUUAAGGCAACACAACCUCCAUCAACUAUGUCGCCACCACCACCACCACCACCACCUCCAACUCAACCGCCACCACCACCGCCUCCACCACCACCACCACCACCUCCUCCUCCUCCACCUCCUCCUCCUCCACCUCCAUCAUCAACAUUACCAACUACAUCAUCAACAGAGAAACAAUCUCAAGAUGAAAGUUUACAAAAGCAGAAUGAAAAAAGAUCUCAACCUAAUAUAAAAAAUACAAAUACCGAUGAUCGAUCAAAUUUAAUGGCAGCAAUACGUGAUGCUGGUGGUAUUGGAAGAGCAAAAUUAAGACAUACAGUACCAAUUGAUAAAAAGGAAAAUCGCUGGUCAUCAGCUUCGGUAGGUGGAGAUUUGAUGGCAGAUCUUCAUGCAAAAUUAGCUUUGAGAAGAAAAGGUAUUGCUGGCUCUGCAACAGGGGCAUUAGAGAGAAUGUCAAGUUCAAUACCACCACCACCGCCUAAGUCGAGUGAACACUAUGCUUCGGAUAGAAAUUCUGCUACGAGUGAAUACGAUUCUCAAGCAGACACAGAUGACUGGGAAGAAUAAUUGAAUGGUAUAAUUAUAUACAACAUUAUAUACAAUAUAAUAUGGAAAUUAUGGAUAUGAAAUGUUAGAGAAUUAAGUAUAGAAAAUAAUCUUU